AUGGAAGGCGCCGGAGCAGAUCGGCCAGUGAUCCAUCCAUCCAUCCGCGCAGCUCAAGAAAAGGCAUCCGGACGGACGGACGCUAUGGAUAACAACGGCGGCGGCGGCGUGCUGCGGCACAGCAACAGCAGCCGCCUCUCGCGCAUGUCCUUCUCCGGCGAGGACGGCCGCGGCGCGCAGGCCCGUGCCGCCCCCGGUGGCGGCGCCGGGGCCGACCGGCCGAUGGUCACCUUCGCGCGCCGCACCCACUCGGGCCGCUACGUGAGCUACUCGCGCGACGACCUCGACAGCGAGCUGGCCAACAGCGAGCUGGCGGGCGGCGGCGGGGGCUUCUCGCCGGACCGGGAGGAGUUCCUCAGCUACCACGUGCACAUCCCGGUCACGCCGGACAACCAGCCCAUGGACCCGGCCAUCUCGGCGCGCGUCGAGGAGCAGUACGUCUCCAACUCGCUCUUCACGGGGGGCUUCAACAGCGUCACCCGCGCCCACCUCAUGGACAAGGUCAUCGACUCCGAGGCCAGCCACCCGCAGAUGGCCGGCUCCAAGGGCUCCUCCUGCGCCGUCAACGGCUGCGACGGCAAGGUCAUGAGCGACGAGCGCGGCCAGGACAUCCUGCCCUGCGAGUGCGACUUCAAGAUCUGCGCCGAGUGCUUCGGGGACGCCGUCAAGAACGCCGGCGCGCUCUGCCCCGGCUGCAAGGAGCCCUACAAGGCCACCGAGAUGGAGGACCUGGUCGGCGGCGGCGCCGACGGCGGGGCCAGGCCCACGCUCUCCCUGCCCCCGCCGCCCGGCGGCGCCCCCGCGUCCAGGAUGGAGAGGCGGCUGUCGAUAGUCCGGUCGCAGAAGGCCAUGACAAGGAGCCAGACCGGCGACUGGGAUCACAACCGCUGGCUGUUUGAGACCAAGGGGACCUAUGGGUAUGGGAAUGCCAUAUGGCCAAAGGAGAAUGAUGCCGACAAUGGCGGUGGCGGUGGAGGCGGGCAUGGUGGACCUGACGGGCAGCCGCCGGAGUUCACCAGCAAGCCUUGGAGGCCGCUCACUCGGAAGCUCAAGAUCCCUGCUGGCAUCCUCAGCCCAUACAGGCUUCUUGUUCUCAUCCGCUUGGCCGUUCUUGGUCUGUUCCUUACAUGGAGAAUUAAGCAUAAGAAUGAAGAUGCAAUGUGGCUGUGGGGCAUGUCUGUUGUUUGUGAACUCUGGUUUGGCUUUUCUUGGAUCUUGGACCAGCUGCCAAAGCUGUGCCCUGUUAACCGAGCAACGGACCUUGCUGUCCUGAAAGACAAGUUUGAGACCCCAACACCGUCAAAUCCUAACGGAAGAUCUGAUCUGCCGGGGCUUGAUAUAUAUGUGUCCACUGCUGAUCCAGAGAAAGAACCUCCAUUAACUACAGCAAACACCAUUCUGUCCAUCCUUGCUGCUGACUAUCCUGUCGAGAAGCUUUCCUGCUACGUUUCUGAUGACGGAGGCGCCCUCCUUACAUUUGAAGCCAUGGCUGAAGCCGCUAGCUUUGCUAACAUGUGGGUUCCUUUCUGUCGCAAGCACGGCAUCGAGCCUCGCAAUCCUGAGAGCUACUUCAGUCUGAAGAGGGACCCUUACAAGAACAAGGUACGCUCAGACUUUGUCAAGGACAGGAGGAGGAUCAAGAGGGAGUAUGACGAGUUCAAAGUCAGGAUCAAUGGGCUCCCUGACUCCAUACGUCGCCGCUCCGAUGCUUACCAUGCCAGAGAAGAAAUCAAGGCCAUGAAGAGGCAGCGUGAAGCUGCUCUUGACGAUGCAGUGGAGACUGUUAAAAUUGCUAAAGCUACCUGGAUGGCUGAUGGCACACAUUGGCCCGGUACCUGGAUUCAACCCUCUGCGGAGCAUACUCGGGGAGACCAUGCUGGAAUAAUUCAGGUAAUGCUUAAACCUCCUAGUGAUGAUCCCCUGUAUGGCGGUGACGGUGAAGAAGGCAGACCCCUUGACUUCACUGACAUUGACAUCCGUCUGCCAAUGUUGGUCUAUGUGUCCCGAGAAAAGCGCCCAGGCUAUGACCACAACAAGAAGGCUGGUGCGAUGAAUGCUCUAGUCCGUUCAUCUGCUGUCAUGUCAAAUGGACCUUUCAUCCUCAACCUGGACUGUGAUCAUUAUGUCUACAACUCCCAAGCUUUCCGUGAAGGCAUGUGCUUCAUGAUGGACCGUGGUGGUGACCGUAUUGCCUAUGUCCAGUUCCCCCAACGGUUUGAGGGCAUUGAUCCAUCAGAUCGCUACGCCAACCACAACACAGUCUUCUUUGAUGUCAACAUGCGUGCAUUGGAUGGUCUCAUGGGACCAGUCUAUGUCGGCACUGGCUGUCUGUUCCGCCGUGUUGCACUCUAUGGAUUUGACCCUCCGCGCUCCACAGAACACGGUGGCUGCUGCAGCUGUUGCUUCCCGAAGAAGCGCAAGAUCAAGAGCACUGUUUCCUCAGGUACAUCUGAAGAGACACGGGCUCUGCGCAUGGCAGAUUUUGAUGAUGAGGAGAUGAACAUGUCAACAUUUCCCAAGAGGUUCGGUAACUCAAACUUCCUCAUCAACUCUAUCCCGAUUGCCGAGUUCCAAGGGCGCCCGCUUGCUGAUCACCCUGGUGUCAAGAAUGGCCGUCCUCCUGGUGCUCUCACUGUCCCCCGUGACCUUCUCGACGCCUCCACGGUCGCCGAGGCUAUCAGUGUCAUCUCAUGCUGGUAUGAAGACAAGACAGAGUGGGGUCAGCGUGUCGGAUGGAUUUAUGGUUCAGUCACAGAGGAUGUUGUCACAGGCUACCGGAUGCACAACCGUGGGUGGAAGUCAGUCUACUGUGUCACCAAGCGUGACGCCUUCCGCGGCACUGCACCCAUCAACCUGACUGACCGUCUCCACCAGGUGCUCCGGUGGGCCACCGGCUCAGUGGAGAUCUUCUUCUCCCGCAACAACGCGCUGCUCGCGAGCCGGAGGAUGAAGUGUCUUCAGAGGAUCGCGUACCUGAACGUGGGCAUCUACCCGUUCACGUCCAUCUUCCUCAUCGUGUACUGCUUCCUGCCGGCACUGUCGCUCUUCUCGGGGCAGUUCAUCGUCAAGGAGCUGGACGUGACCUUCCUCACCUACCUGCUGGUGAUCACCCUGACGCUGUGCAUGCUGGCGGUGCUGGAGAUCAAGUGGUCGGGCAUCAACCUGGAGGAGUGGUGGAGGAACGAGCAGUUCUGGCUCAUCGGCGGCACCAGCGCCCACCUCGCCGCCGUGCUGCAGGGCCUCCUCAAGGUCAUCGCCGGCAUCGAGAUCUCCUUCACGCUGACCUCCAAGUCGGGCGCCGACGACGAGAACGACGAGUUCGCCGACCUCUACAUCGUCAAAUGGACCUCGCUCAUGAUCCCGCCCAUCGUCAUCAUGAUGGUCAACCUCAUCGCCAUCGCCGUCGGCUUCAGCCGCACCAUCUACAGCGAGAUACCGCAGUGGAGCAAGCUCCUGGGCGGCGUCUUCUUCAGCUUCUGGGUGCUGGCUCACCUGUACCCGUUCGCCAAGGGCCUCAUGGGCCGCCGCGGCCGCACGCCGACCAUCGUCUUCGUCUGGUCCGGCCUCCUCGCCAUCACCAUCUCCCUGCUGUGGGUCGCCAUCAACCCGCCGUCGCAGAACUCGCAGAUCGGAGGCUCCUUCCAGUUCCCCUGA